AUGCUUGCUCUCACCAAGGUCGCCGCGGCGCUAGCGGUGCUGUCGGCUAUUGCUACUGCCGCUCCUGCUCCGAAUCCCUUGGCGGAGCUCGAGGACCGCGACGGAGUUGAGCUUGACGAGGGCACUUCGUCUGUCAAUAUCGUUGGUGGCGAGGAAGCCGGUGCUAAGGACUUCCCUUUCAUCGUGUCUCUCUCUCCAAUCGGACCGUUCAGCUCCCACUUCUGUGGUGGUGUCCUAAUCAACGCUAACACCGUACUCACUGCUGGCCACUGCUCUUGGACCCAGACUGCGUCACUCGUCCAAGUCCGUGCCGGCUCCCUUAAAUGGGCUUCUGGUGGUGUCCUAGUUAACGUGUCCGAGAUUGUGGUCCACGAGAAGUACUAUGACCCUACCUUUUUCACAAACGACAUCGCCCUCUGGCACCUAGCGACUCCGAUCAGGACCAGUUCGACUAUUAGCUACUCCAAGCUCCCUAUUCAGGGCUCUGAUCCUACCGACGGCGCUCCAGCCGUUACAGCCGGAUGGGGUUACACCCUCCCGGGUAAUAGAACCCUUGCUGCUACACUACAGAAGGUCUCCGUCCCUAUUGUUAGCCGCGAUCGCUGUCAGGCCUCGUAUCCGGGAGAGGACGUUACUACCGCCAUGAUCUGCGCCGGUUUAGUCGCAGGUGGGAAGGACGCUUGCCAGGGCGACUCUGGCGGCCCUAUCGUUGACGCCAAGUCCAAGGCCGUCCUCGGUCUGACUUCCUGGGGUGCUGGCUGUGCUCUCCCCGAACUCUACGGUGUCUACACUAACGUCGGCCUCUUUGUCGACUGGAUUAACACCCACAAGUGGUAA